AUGAAUUAAAUCAAAAAUUAACUAAAACAUAUUCAUCAUCAUCAUCAUUUCUAUCUUUUUCAAGUCCAUUUACAUAUAUAUUUCUUAUUAUAGUUUGUUAUUUAAUCUUAACAAUAAUAUUAUUAACAUUUAGUUUAUAUAAACAACGUCAGAUGGAAAUUGAAAAUUUUUAUUUUGGAGAUUCUGAUGAAGAUAUUGAACAAGGUAAACGUUAUUUAAUAUGGAAACAAUUAUUAAUUCGAAAUAUAAAAAAAGGUGAUAUGGAACCAUUAUUAUCAAAUUCAAAUAUACAACGAGAAACUUUUCCAAUGGAUAUUGUAUAA